GACGUUAGCGCGCGCUUCCAGCUCAAAUCUCCCCUCUGCUGUGAGAGUGUCGUCUGCAAGCUGACGAACACAAAGGCUGAACUUCCAGAGGCGCCUCUCCAGCUCUCCUUCUCAAACCUGCCGGCCUCCCUUUGGACGGAGUAGCGCCACGAAACCCUCUCCUCGGUUCACUCUACGCAGACGUAAAACUCCCAAAGCAACCAUGUUCGAGGCUCGCCUGGUCCAGGGCUCCAUCCUGAAGAAGGUGCUGGAGGCUCUGAAGGACCUGAUCACAGAAGCCUGCUGGGACGUCAGCUCGUCCGGCAUCUCCCUGCAGAGCAUGGACUCGUCUCACGUGUCGCUGGUCCAGCUCACGCUGCGGCACGACGGCUUCGACUCGUACCGCUGCGACAGGAACCUCGCCAUGGGAGUCAACCUCAGCAGUAUGUCCAAAAUCCUGAAGUGUGCAGGAAAUGAAGACAUCAUCACCCUCCGAGCAGAAGACAAUGCAGACACACUGGCCCUGGUGUUUGAGACACUCAACCAGGAGAAAGUCUCCGAUUACGAGAUGAAGUUGAUGGACCUGGACGUGGAGCAGCUCGGUAUUCCAGAGCAGGAAUACAGCUGUGUGGUAAAGAUGCCCUCUGGGGAGUUUGCCCGCAUCUGCCGCGACCUGUCCCAGAUCGGUGACGCCGUCAUGAUCUCCUGUGCCAAAGACGGAGUCAAGUUCUCCGCCUCGGGAGAGCUGGGCACAGGGAACGUCAAGCUGUCCCAGACCAGCAACGUGGACAAGGAGGACGAGGCGGUCACUAUUGAGAUGAACGAACCCGUCCAGCUGAUCUUUGCCCUCAACUAUUUGAACUUCUUCACCAAGGCGACGCCGCUGUCCAAGACAGUCACCCUCAGCAUGUCUGCUGAUAUCCCCCUCGUGGUGGAGUACAAGAUCGCCGAUAUGGGACACGUCAAAUACUACUUGGCACCCAAGAUCGACGAAGAAGCUUCCUAAGUUGUUAAAUACCGGCCCACGUAGGGGAAUAGAGGAAAGCAGGCGACUGGGACUCAAAGUGAAGGGAUCUCACGGUGGUCGAUCUUCUUAUUUCCCGUCUAAUGAGAUUCACAGCAGGAGGUUUUAUAAACUCAUCUGUCAGCCACGUGAUUGAUGACAUCUGUGUGAUGUGAUGGAGCGCCAGUGUUUUGGACUCUUCGGUGUUCAAAGCCACUGCAUGUGUUGUUCAGACUGCCUCGGUGUCAAUUCCAGCACUCUGCGCUCUAGUUUUUGCCCUGUUUUUGGGAAAGGCCGUUAGCAAUUGUCCCAUUCCUCCUUGUAGAUAACACAUUUGUAAAUACUUCCUGUGGUUUCGCACUGUCAGUCGACUCCAAAUGUUUUUGUAUUCUUUGAUUCAGUCCAAAAUAAAUAAGUUGUUUCAGAAA